CUUUUACAGUGGACGCGACGCUCCAUCGUGCACAUGAGCUGGACGAACGACGAAGAACUGGUCUGUAUUCAAGAGGACGGCGUGGUCGUGAUUCACAAUAUGUUCGGCAAAUAUCAGCACGCAUUCAACAUCAGCCAGAAGAUACAGGAUACCAAGAUCAUCGAGGCCAAGAUGUUCAUCAAUCCACAGAAUUUUACUGGCAUCGCGGUGCUAACAUCCAAUUUCAAAGUAUUUCUGGUCAAUAAUAUCAAGGAACCCAAAACUAGGCAACUGCCAGACUUGCCCAAGUCGCACAUACAACCCACUAGUUGGGUAGUGUUGUCUGAAGAUACAACUGAUGUGUUGAUUGUCAGAGGAGCGGAAUUGUAUCGCUUAAAACAGGAUGAACAUCAUAUUAGCGCAAUGUUAGAGCCGGACAUGACAAACAAAUACACUGCGAUCUUGGAGAUGAGUGUCUCUCUGAAUUCAAGACAUUUGGCAAUUUUUACCGAUUCUGGCAUACUUUGGCUGGGAUCAACCGAUCUUAGGGCCAAAUACAGCGAGAUUGAUACGAACAUUAUCCUUAAGCCGAAACAAAUUACAUGGUGUGGUAACGAGGCGGUAGUUCUGUUCUGGGAGCAAGAUCACAUUAUGUUGGUGGUGGGGAAAUAUGGGCAAAAACUUCACUAUUAUUAUGACAGCAGUAUUCAUCUGGUCCCGGAAUUGGAUGGAAUCAGAAUCAUCUCUAACACUCAGCACGAACUGUUACAAAAAGUUCCUGAUGUCGUCCAGAAGAUAUUUAGAAUCAACAGCACUGAUCCCGGAAGUUUUCUCUUGGAAGCUUCUAAACAGUUCCAGAGAAGAAGCCAUAAAGCGAAUGAAUACAUUUGUUUGGUAAAGAACGACCUUCAAACAGCUGUGAAUCAAUGUAUAGAGGCAGUUGGUUAUGAAUUCGAUACUGACAUUCAAAAAAUGCUCAUUAGGGCUGCCCAAUUCGGAAAGUGUUUCAUAUCAGACAUGAAAUCGGAUUCAUAUGUAAACAUGUGCCGACUUCUGCGCGUACUGAAUGCUGUUAGAGAUCCGAAAGUCGGUAUACCUCUUACUAUUACCCAGUAAGUAAAGUAAUAUGAUCAAGGGUUGUUGCUUAGCUGUAGCUGUAGUUUUAAUUGGGUGAAAGGUCAUUUGAUAGAAUGCGUUUAAUUUCUUCGGAUCAGGUGUUAAAAAUACCUUUAAUCAAAUUGACAACGUUUCGGCAUUUAUUUUACGUCUUCCUCAAUGCUACAAAAACUGAGAAAAAACAUUUAAAGUCCAAAAAGUUUUUAAUGUUACAAUGAAGUUAAAAAGUCUGUUACUAAGAAAGUACACAAUAAGUUAUUAUCAGACUGCAG